GUUAGUGACCCACAGUAUCAUAAAAGCCUCUUAAGUUAGAUGCUUGUGGUUUUGUAUGACAUCAAGUGUCACAACGCCUCUUUUUUAAAGAAAGAGAGAGAGAGAAGUUUGAGAAGAGAAGAGUGACAGUGGGUCUGUAACUAAUACGGAACUUACAUGAAUCUUACUUCAUACUGACAGUAAGCGUCUCUAAUAUAUGUGUAAAAGUGAGUACUGGCUCUAGAAAACUAACCAGGAUGAAUGUGCCAACCCGGGAGCAAUGUGAGGGCUGGAGCUCAAUGCAGGUGGCUGCUUACCUGAUUCAGAAUAACAUGAGAGGCUGCGCAGACACGGUGCAGAGAAUCAGGAUUGAUGGCCGUCGGUUUUUGAAUCUCUCUGACAGCGACCUCAACAAAUUCAGCCUCGUUCAGCGACCACAGCUCCAAAAAAUUGUUCAAGAUAUUAAGAAGAAUGACGACAGUCUGUUCAACAGAUUAAAACGGUUUCAGACUGAACAAACUGCUAAUAUUCUCAAAUCCGGGAGAAAUACAUUGGACCGGAUAAAGAAAAAGGCGCCGCCAAAAGUUCCUACAAGAGACUAUCAAGGUGAAGCAGCAGAAAGUGAGAAGUACUCAGAUUCGGAUUUUGCAAGUGAUAGUGAUACGUAUGAGGACCCACAGUUUGAACAUGAAGACAACUAUGAACCUCCACCAAGGUCUGAAGCUCAUGCUGUAAACACCUUCACUGUAGCUCAAUCCAUGACAAACAGCAGAGGUCAAUAUGUGGACAGCUGUCGUGGUCGACCGGCAAAACCGAACACCUCCUUCAAUCCGGUACGGAAGAAUAUGGGUGUAAUCAGGAAAAAUCAAGCAGACGACGAUGAUGAUGAAAAUGACUAUGUUGAGCCAGAAGAAACAACAGAGAAUGACAAUUACAUUGAGCCCACUGGCAGAACACCAACAAAGCCCCUUGUUAACAGAGUGACCAAACCGACACGGGCAAACAAACCAGAUUUCUGUGGGGUUCCUGAGGAAAGAUCUCAGUUUAAGAUGAGGGCUAACACAACUUUACAACUAAACACACAAACAAUGGCACCACCUAAAGUCAGCCCCAGCAGAAUGCAAAUCAAAAGGCCAUCUGUGACCCCACAGGAUCCAGACUCAGAGGAUGAUUAUGAAGUGUGUGAUGGAGAUGAUGAAAGCCCAGACGUUAGCACAGAGACCCGAAGAUCAAUUCCUACACCCCGUCCCAGAGACCUAAAGAAAUCAAGUCCUGGCUUGAUGCCGAAACCAAGCGCUCCCCAUAGAGAUACUGAAGGCCCUUCAAUACAUACAGCACGAAGCCCACCGGACACCACUGUAAGCCCACAAUCUACAGGAUUUCACAGAGCCAGGAUGCCUCUUCCUAAACAGAUUUCCUCCCAAAGCAGAGGAACGUUGCCUUCUGAGAGCAAAGCACCCCGAGAUGCUGAAGAGGAGGCGGGUGUCCAUAAUAAAGUUUGGUACGCCAGCAGUUGUGAUCGCAGGACGGCGGAGGACGCGCUCAUUCGCAUGGGGAAGGACGGCUCGUUUCUGCUCAGGAAGAGUUCGGGCGUGGACGCGCAGCAGCCGUACACGUUGGUGGUGUUCUACAACGGGCGCGUGUACAACAUUCCGGUCCGCUACAUCGCGUCAUCAAAACAGUUUGCGCUGGGAAAAGAAAAACAAGGAGAAGAUCGUUUCUGCAGCGUUUCUGACAUUGUGGAGAAUCAUCAGAAAAAUCCUUUAGUGCUGGUGGACUCGCAGAGCAACACCAAAGACUUCACCAAACUCAGAUAUCCAGUGAAACCAUAAGAGACCUUAAGAAACAGCAUGAAACCAUCAAACUACUCUCUGAAGGCACCCUAGACAUGUUCGUAACUUCAGACUGAUUGAUUUCUAACAAUACUGACAUAAAACUGUGGGUCUGUUUCACAUCAUAAACUAUCCAUGGAUCAUGCAAACUAUUUACAGAAGAAACACUGUGUCAUGCUGUUGUUUCUAUAAGCAAAGCAAAACAGAGACAAAUACACCCAAAAAGUUUUGAAAAUAUAUACAAAUAUACAUUGAUGAGUCUAAUUCACAACUGUACAAUGUGUAUAUAUGUUAUGUUAUUAAUUCUUAAGGGGCAAAUAAAAUAUUUUUUUUUAAAUGUUUCUUUAAAGGAGGCAUACCAUGAAAAUUUGACUUUUUUCAUGUUUAAGUGCUAUAAUUGGGUCCCCAUUGGUUUUAUCAACCUAGAAAUUGUGAAUAAGAUCAACCCAGUAACUUAGUUUUGGUAAACUAUUCUCCACAAGCAUGUGAAAAAAAUUGUUCAUUGAAAUUUGUCUCCCCUUGUGAUGCCAGAAGGGGAUAAUACUGCUCCUUAAUCUGCACUAUCCAACAACGCCACUGCCAUUUAGUACAGAGAUCAACUCAUUUGCAUGUUAAAGGACACACCAAAAACGGAACAUUUUUGCACACACCUACAAAUCAGCAAUUUUAACACGCUAUAGUAAAUUAUAUAUAUAUGAUAUUUUGAGCUAAAACUUCACAUAUAUACUCUGGGGACACCAAAGAUGUAUUUGACAUCUCAAAAAAGUCUUGUGAAAUGUCCCCUCUAAGAUAUUGUUAAUUAUUGGGAUCAUACUAUAAGCUUAAAAAUCACAUUGGGGAGACCAUGAUGAAGUAGUUUAAAAUGAAAACUUGGUCACACUGGCAAUA